CGAUGCGUAGACUAAAGUGAACCACAGUAGCUCAACCUGGCUCACCUCGUUCCCGCGCAAUUGCGCAAUUUUAAGUCCACGGGCUGAUUCAGUUCAGUCUUGCCAAUCCCGGACUGCCUUAACUGAUUGAACACGCAAUAGCACAUUCUGCGGGUCUUGAAAUCCACUAUGUUGACAGAGAACUUAUGCUGUAGCUGAAGUCAGUCUGUGCGGUCGACGGUGCCGUCUGGGCAUGCCCUUAUAUGGGACAAUCAUCAGACAGUGCUAGUUGACAGAAGGCUGCCUUUUACUUGCAAUUAAGAAAGCUCCAGUAAACACAUUGGGCAGAAAGUUUGGAGGGGAUGGCAACCUGUCGGAGCCUUAUCGCUGCAUAAAUACAUUCAGUCACCAAGUAACCUUGAGAGGCAGCGGUAUGCGCGGGAGACCGCGCUCUGUUGCUCGCGCCAGCUUGCUCCUUCUCCUGGCGCUCGGGCUGUUGCUCGUGCCAGGGCCCCCAACCGGCGCCCGCCUAGCGCGCGCUGAGCCAAGGAAGCGGCGGGGAAAUGGCCAGGGAGCUGUGAUACGGGGCGGCUGGGACGGCAUCAGCGAUGCCCUGGGGGCGGGCAAGGGCCCGGCAGACGGCUCGGACGCAGACUAUGAUGACCAGGACGGCGGCGCCGGCGCCGGCGCAGAUGACGCACAGGCGGGGGCGGGGCAAGGGGCGCGGAGAGACCAGCAGCAGCAGCAGCAGCAGAAGGGUGCAGCAGGUUCAGGGGGCGUGAACUUCCUCCACCACACGGCACACCACUCGGGCGGUCCGGAGCGCUGUGUGGUGGUGCUGGGCACGGGCCGCAGCGGCAGCACCAGCCUGGUGGAUGCGCUGAACCAGAUGCCGCAUUUCUUCGUGCGCAUGGAGCAGGAGGGAGCCUACUGGUACCUCUACCUGGCUUGGAGGCUUCUGGGGAUGGCGUACAGCCACAGCAAGGACUUCGCCAGCUCGGUACGGCGCGUGGAGGGCAGCGCGGGCCCGACGGCGGCGGCGCACCUGAGCUACCGCGCCGCCAAGGGCAUCUACGACAACUUCGCGGUGCGGAAGAAGAUCCCCUGGUUCAACGACCUUCACCCGGUGCGCAUGCGCGAGGCCGUCCGGGCCUUCUACACCAUCACCUACGGCUACCACGGGCCAGGCAUUGUGAGCGGCUUCAAGGAGGUGCGGUUCGUGCGCGGCCGUGCCUUCAGCUCCGACAGUUCCACCUACAAGGACUUUGAGGACUUCAUUGCCUUCCUGCGCCUGCUGUGCGCCGACAUGAAGGUCCUCCUCAACAGCCGCGCCAGCGCCUCGCUGGAGGACAACUACAAGCUGGAGUCCAUGCUCAGCCGCAAUGGCGUGCUCAAGACCACCAGCAAUGAGACAUUCCUCAAUGACCUAACUACCACACACCAGUGGUUCGACAGGUACGCUGAGGAGCACCCCGACCACGCGUUCCGGGUCAUCAUGGAGGACAUGUUCAACCCGGAGCGCAACCGCACGCUGGUCCGCGACAUGCUGACCUUUCUGGGCGAGUCGCCAGACACGUUUCGGGACGUGAUCUUCAACCGCAUGCCGACUUGGUCCGAGCCGGAGAGCGCAGACGGCAGCGGCAGUAGCAGUCGCGGCAGCAGCAGUGGCAGUAGCAGCGGCAGUGGCAGUGGCAGUAGUAGUAAGUCGUCGAAGCCCAAGAAGCCAAAGUACAGGGAGCCGUGGCAGCUGAGGCGGGCGGAGCGGCGGCGGGUGGAGCGGCGGCGGCGGCUGUUGGAGCUGACCCGCUGGGCGGCGGCGAUGGUGGAUGACGAGGAGCAGGAGGACUGGGAGGAGGAGGAGGAGUUUCAGGAGGACCUUGGGUUCGGGGAAGGAGUUGGCGGCGUGUAUAACCUGUAGCGCGGUGGGAAGGCGAGCGGGCGAGCGUGUAUAGAGUGUGGGGGCGUGGCUUGGGUGUCUACAGGCCUGGCCGAGCCAACUUGGGCUGUGUUUUUAAUUUGUGCACGCGGUAUGAUAUUGCGAGGUUUCUUUGACAAAAGGUAGUUUAGCUGGCGUGGGUGCAACAUGAGCCGAAACCGUCAGCCGGAAUGCCGGGACACCAAACAGCGAUGCGAGACCCCGUUCUCUUCUAUACUAGGUUCAUGCUUGUUACUGCAAUCCAUUGAACCAUUG